CAUUAAUUGAUGCUCAUCCAUUAUUAGCUAUAACUCAUUUUUCAGCUUAUUGUCUAUUCUAUAUUAGAAACCAAAAUGAAGACCUACAGCAUCGCCGCAAUUCCCGCAGACGGCAUCGGGCCCGAGGUCAUCGAGGCGGGCAUCGUAGUCCUCAAAGCUCUCGCCAAAACCCUCAACACCUUCAACCUAAACUUCACAAACUACGACUGGAGCUCGGAUACGUACAAGAAAACCGGGGCAUACAUUCCAGAGGGAGGGCUCGAGGCGCUCAAAAAGCACGAUGCCAUCCUCUUUGGCGCAGUUGGUGCUCCCGACGUCCCCGACCACAUCUCCCUCUGGGGCCUCCGCCUCGCCAUCUGCCAACCUUUCCAGCAGUACGCCAACGUCCGUCCGACCAAGAUCUUCCGCGGCACCGAAUCCCCGCUCAGAAACUGCGCCCCAGGCUCCCUGGACUGGGUGAUUGUGCGCGAGAACAGCGAGGGCGAGUACGCGGGGCAAGGCGGACGCUCGCACCGCGGACAGGCGUGGGAGGUCGCGACCGAGACGGCUAUAUUCUCGCUCCAUGGCGUCGAGCGCAUCAUGCGCUUUGCGUUUGAGACGGCGCGGAGCCGCCCGAGGAAGCUGCUGACGGUCGUUACGAAGAGUAAUGCGCAGCGCAAUGGGAUGGUGUUGUGGGAUGAGGUGGCAAAGGAUGUGGCAAGGGAUUUCCCUGAUGUUACGGUGGAUAAGAUGCUUGUGGAUGCGAUGACGACAAGGAUGGUGUUGAAGCCGGAGUCGAUUGAUACUGUUGUUGCUACGAAUUUGCACGCGGAUAUCCUAUCUGAUCUGGCAGCUGCGCUGGCCGGAUCAAUUGGCAUUGCGCCUACAUCAAAUCUCGACCCUACUCGUGAGAAUCCGAGCAUGUUUGAGCCAAUCCAUGGCUCUGCGUUUGACAUCACGGGAAAGGGCAUCGCCAACCCUGUGGCGACAUUCUGGACGGCGGCAGAGAUGCUGGCUUGGCUGGGAGAGGAAGACGCGUCGAAGAAGCUGCUGGAGUGUGUGGAGAAUGUCUGCGAGCGGGGGAUUCUCACGCGCGAUCUGGGUGGAAAGGCGACGACGAAGGAGGUGACGGAGGCUGUUGUUGCGGAGGUUGAGAGGUUGAGGGUGUGAUACUAUCGUGAUCUUUAGGCUAUCUACUUCGGUGACUAACUUAUCAAGGUCUAUCUAUC